AUGCAAGUCGAAGAUGGAUCGUGGUGUCGCAAGCCAAUACUCCCUGGGCGACUAGCAUGCGUGGAGCAUGCGUGCCAGAUCGAGAACUGUGAGAGGAGAAAGCUUCCAGCUCCACAGCAUUUCUGCGAAGUCCACGCAUGCUUUCGGUGUGUGUCGCUGGGACAGGUGUCGCCAUCGGCCACCGAUGACCCACCCCGGAACGUGUGCUUCGAGCAUGCACUUUGCUAUCAAUGCAACGAGUUUGCUCUUCCUGGCAAAGAUGUUUGUGAAAAGCAUGAUGUGAAGCAGUGCCAGUACUCUUGGUGGCCCUGGUCUUGUCGCCAGCCGGCCAUUUUCGGCCACAUGUAUUGCGCUCGUCAUAUGCAGAGCUCCAGCUACUACUCGUACGAUGGAUGGGCUUUCGACGAGGCCCGCGCGGAAGAGCCAGACGGAGAUGUGAAGGAGAACCCAUCGAGAACGAAGACCUCUCUUUACUGCGCUGGUGUUAAUCGCAAAGGCAAGAAGUGCCAAUCCAUGGCAAUGCCAGGCUCGCAGUUCUGCCACGCUCAUGCUCCGCCAGAGUCGCACGCCCCACCAGCCCUCGAUGCGCCAGAGAUCUCACAGAACACCUCCGAGGACAUGAAGCCGGCCGACAAGGUGGAGAUGGGAGAGUCAAAGACAGAGGCGGAGGCUGCCUUUCACGAGGAUGCUGAGUUCGCUUCUGCCGGUGGGCAGUCCGAUGACGAUGUUCCUCAGGAGAAUGAGCCGGCAGGCAGGUACGACAACCCAGACGAGGUGGAGGAAGCCGACAACAUCCAGCACUUACGAGAGGUCUAUGACUUCGAAGGCAUCAGUGAGGACGACUCCAGCUCCGAGGCAGGUCAGGCCGAGGAGGAAGUUCCCAUCUCAGCCGAAAUGGACGACCCCAAUCUGCCUUACCUCCUCGAUUCGAAGCACUGGACGUGGGAGCUGACUCCAGAGCAGCGCUGGGCGGCUUGCGAAAGCCUGAUGGCGCGGCAGAGGGACCUGCUUCUGCAGCUCAUUGACAAGAUCAAGUAUCAGACGUAUUUCAAGAGGAAGAGGUUGCACGAGGCCGAAGUUCGAGCAAGCGCCAGGGUCUACGAAAACAAGAGUGUCAUCGGCGGCACCAUUGUGGGGUGCAUCUCUCGCCUCGAGGCGAUCCGAUCCACGAACCCAUUUGCCAUUGUAGUCGAGGAGGCCUCAGAAGUUCUGGAGCCGCUGCUAUUCUCUUGCUUUUGCCAGAGCACCCUGAAGUUGGAGAUGAUUGGUGACCACCUCCAACUUCAGCCGUCGAUCAUGCAGAAGUUCGCUUUUGAAAGGCUCAACAGCGUCAACGCCGCCCGGCUUAGCAUGCAAAGGGCUGAGGAGGUGCCGUAA